GAUUUUCACAUUUUGAGGACCGACAACAUCCAGAUGUUUAAACAUGCUAAACACACCAGGACUUGGCUUCCGACUAAGAUUCUUCUGGAUAUACCUUGCGACUAGUAGUGUUGGACUAUAGAACGAGUCAUGGAGGCUCUGUCCAUGGUCAAGCAGAAGGGACAACCAAACUCAUCAAAGACGCCACUCACCACAAUGACCUUUUCAGUACAGAAGGCUGAGAUGGACAUGAACGGGGAUGAGCCCUUGAGGAACACUGAUGUUAAUGCGGUGUCUCAGGCGAAUGAGAUCUGUGGCAAGAAAUGGUUCUGCCAAUCCGCAGAGAUUAAACGGCGUUCCAUAUUAAACCAAAACAGUAGUAAUAUUUAUUCUCUUCCACCAGAACAAGUCUGUGCUUCACAAGAUAACACUGUGAAAAUGGGAUCUACUCCAGAUCUUCCCAAGCCAACAUGGGAUUAUGAAACUGGAAAGUCUGUAAUCGAGAACGCAUUUGAGAGCCAAGAAAGAUGGAAAGUGGAAAGUAAAUCUGAACGGGAUCUAAAUGGAUGCUACCAGUGUAGAUAUCCAUCACCAGAGGACGACCACAACCCGUUUGCAUCAGAUGUUCAAAUAGUAAACAGCCAUGAUGUAGAUACAGUAGCGCCAUCCAAAGAUGUCACAUCCUCCACGUUACACCGCAAUUCCCCCUGCCCUCACCGCAAGAGCUCCACCACAUCUGCCAAACCCCUUCCUGUUCCUUCCUCAUCCAAUGGAGGAGCUGAACGUCCUCGGAUCAUCAAACACAAGCCCAGUUCUAUCACUUUUGCAGAUUAUGACUGUACAUCAGCCCUCAACCAAGGGGUUCACGAGAGCUCUGAUUGUGGUGAGUCUUCCUCUGAGGAGGAUGAUGACGAUGAUGUCUUUACAGAGAUGACUCAGAUCAGUGAGAUCCUUCCUGGCUGUAGACACAGGAGAACUGUACGUAGGAAAGGAACUGUUGGAGGAGGAGGAGAACAACAUAAUGGAAAUGGAGACCCGGACUCCGAAGUCAGGCUCGGUACCUCCACCGGCUAUGAGGCUGAAGAGGAGAACAGUAGCAGGGAGGAGUCUCCGCUCGUCCUGCUGUCUCCCUGGUCCGAAUCCAUGAACCAACUCAUGAAGAGACUGGACCAGCUCAAUCUGGACAUUGAGGAAGCCCUGAGCACUGGCUCCUCCCCCUCGGACACACCCUGCACUACAAGGAGGCAGCCAAUCAAUGCUAAAGCUUUCCACCAGAGCACAACAGCGUGGGGAACAGAGGGAAACCAAACCCUGAACAAUAACAGGAUCGCAAGAGGACCAAGCUGGAAGGAAUGCCAUGGCCAGGAUAUCGUCUUACCUAACUCUUCCUCUGUGACCAGGGCACGUCCCAGAAAGACAGAGAUGUCAACGAAGAGAAGGCAUGGCGGCGCAGAGAUCGAAGCGAAGGAAGCGUGCGAGUGGCUCCGAGCUGCAGGUUUCCCGCAGUACGCGCAGCUUUUCGAAGAUUCGCAGUUUCCCAUCGACAUCACUCCUGUAAAGAAAGAUCACGACUUCUUGGAUAAAGACCUUGUGGAACCUUUAUGCAGGCGACUCAACACGUUAAACAAGUGCGCCUCUAUGAAACUGGACGUGAAUCUUCCCAAAAAGAAGAGUGAGGACUCGGACUCAGAUGACUUGUUUGCCAUUAGCGACAAAUGGACCUUUGAAUGGAGCAGUCGUCGUUGGUCCCGUCUCCUCGAUGAGGCGGGGCCCAGGGAGCCAGUGGAGGAGUCAGUUCUUCGAGCCACACCCAGCAGCGAGAGUGUCCUGACAGACCUGAGCGAGCCUGACGUCUCAUCGUUGCAUAGCGAAAGCAGCAGUGGAAGCGCAGGAGUCCGAGCUCACAGUGGAGACGACUCGGACGGCUCGCGCCGUGCCUGCUCAGACUCAAAUGCCAUGCUCAAGCUAGGGAUUGCCCAUCAUUCCUCAGACCAUCCUUGCUACUCCUCACUUCCUGUCAAGCAUGGCAAACUGGGCCGGAUGCGGGCCAAGGACUUCCUGCGACGCAUGGAGACUCUGAGGUCGCACGAGGCAGCAGAAAAUGGGCGCAGGACUUUGGUGAUCAGUGCUCCCAUUCUUCAACAUGAACCUCAAGCCUUGAAGGCUCUCCAGUGUGUGGAGAUUAAUGGCCAUGGUGUCUCAAGUUCACACUCGAGCAGUGAAGGUAGCAGCAGCCAAUCUGGUGGCAGCACUGUCAGCACUCCAAGCCUGAAGGAACGCAAAACCCACCGUGCUGAGCACAAGCGCAGUGGCAUGUACCUGGAUGACCUGGAUGUCUUCUCUGGAAUCGUUCAGGGCAAACGCAAUGAAUUCCGCUCUUACGAAGACCUGGUAGUGCACAUCCCGAAAGACCACAAACCUGGAACCUUCCCGAAAGCUCUUUCCAUUGAGAGUCUCUCACCCACAGCUACACCUCUCAGCAUGGCUCUUGAAGCCCAGCGUCAGCCCAGCAUGAAAGAGCAUAGACCUGUCACACAGUGCUGCUCACGUGGUAGCCGCGUCAGCAUCUACGACAAUGUGCCCGGCUCACACCUCUACGCCAGCACCGGGGACCUCAUCGAUUUGGAAAAAGAGGACCUGUUCCCACACUUGGAUGAUAUCCUACAGCACGUGAAUGGCCUGCAGCAGAUUGUGGACCACUGGUCCAAGAACGUUCUGCCUACUGGAGAGAGUGUGGAAAAGGGCAAAGUGGAGCAGGAUGGGAACAUGCAGUCCUCGAGUAACAUCACGCUGGAUUUGGAGGGUCACUCAGUGCUGGAGGGGCAGGUUACCCCCAGUGACGGGGAGAGGGAUGGUGUUUCACUUAAUGAAACUGAAUCUACAGGAAUUAGAGAGAGGAGAGACUCUGGGGUUGGUGCUUCGCUCACCAGGCCAAAUCGUUUGCGAUGGCCGAGUUUCCAGAUCUCCAACCGCCUCAGCCAUUCAGUGGCUUCCCUACAGAUCACCAACCAAUCCGCAGGACAGCUCAGUCUGCUGCAGAGGUUCUCUCUGCUGCGCCUCACUGCCAUCAUGGAGAAGUACUCCAUGUCUAACAAGCAUGGCUGGACCUGGUCAGUGCCAAAGUUCAUGAAGAGGAUGAAGGUUCCUGACUAUAAGGAUAAGAACGUGUUUGGUGUUCCCCUCAUUGUGCAUGUCCAGCGUUUCGGUCAGCCUCUACCUCUGGGCCUCCAGCAGGCUCUCCGCUACCUCAGGAGCCAGUGUCUCGACCAGGUGGGACUCUUCCGCAAGUCUGGAGUGAAAUCUCGCAUCCAGGCUCUCAGGCAGAUGAACGAGAACUCUCCGGAGGAUGUGAAUUAUGAGGACCAGUCCGCCUACGAUGUGGCCGACAUGGUCAAGCAGUUCUUCAGAGAUCUUCCCGAGCCGCUCCUCACCAGCAAGCUGGGAGAAACUUUCCUCCAUAUUUACCAGUACGUGCCUAAGGACCAGCGGUUGCAGGCGGUCCAGGCAGCCAUCAUGCUGAUGUCCGACGAGAACAGAGAAGUCCUGCAAACCUUGCUGUGCUUCCUCAGCGAUGUCACUUCCUCUGUGCAGGAGAAUCAGAUGACACCCAUGAAUAUUGCCGUGUGUUUAGCGCCCUCCCUUUUUCACCUCAAUAUCCUGAAGAAGGAAAACCUCUGUCCAAGAACCAUGCAGAAGAAAUACGCCACUGGAAGACCUGACCAAAAGGACCUGAAUGAGAACCUGGCCGCCACUCAGGGUCUGGCACAUAUGAUCACAGAGUGCAACCGGCUAUUCGAGAUUCCCCAUGAAAUGGUGACGCAGUCGAGAAACUCGUACGUGGAGGCGGACCUGCAGGCCCCGACGCUGGAGGACUUGUGUAAGCAGCAGCAGCAUGAGGAAGAGGAGGAGGACGAAGGCUCCUGGCCUGUGCACUUAGACUCCCGACUUCAAGGCCUGCUCAAGGAGGCGCGAGACAAAGCCAAGGGCUGGGUGUCCUGCCAAAGCUCCAAUAACACCGAACUUGCAUACAAGAAGGUAGGUGACGGGAACCCGUUGCGGCGCUGGCGUGUCUCAGUAGAGGUGGAAGCUCCUCCGUCUGUGGUGCUGAACCGCGUACUACGAGAGCGCCACCUGUGGGAUGUGGAUCUGCUGCAGUGGAGAGUGUGUGAAGUGCUGGACAAGCAGACUGAGGUCUUCCAAUAUGUCCUAAACCGCAUGCCCCCACACCCCAGCAGGGACUUUGUAGUUCUCAGGUCGUGGAGGACAGAUUUACCUCGGGGCGCAUGCUCGCUCGUGUCCGUCUCCAUCGAGCACGACGAGUGUCCUCUCGUAGGUGGUGUGAGGGGCGUCGUGCUCGAGUCUGGCUACCUGCUGGAGCCCUGCGGAUCGGGCAAGUCUCGGCUCACGCACAUCUGCAGAGUGGACCUCAAAGGCAGAACUCCAGAAUGGUACAACAAGGCGUUCGGUCACCUGUGUGCCGCCGAGGCCGCCCGUAUCCGCAACUCCUUCCAGCCCAUCCAUGCAGAUGGACCAGAGACUAAAAUCUGAGUCCCAUGAUGCCUUUCUCCAUGAACGGACAUCUCUGUGAGGGACACCCAGGACCCGGGACACCCUUCAGCCAAUGCUGUGACUCUUAAGAUGCCCAAAGUGGAAAUAAAUAAAUAAAUAAAUAAAUAAAUCAGCAUCCUGCCAGUGUACCUUAGCUUUAAUGUUGUUUUGCCCCUUUUGUAAUAUUGUAUUAUUUGUAAUUAUCUUUAUUCGUAUUCUAAUUAAUUCUAUUGGUACAUAUUUGCUGUGCACAUAAUCUUAUACAAUGUAUACAACAUCUAAGCUCUUAAAUGCUUCUGGGAAGCAUGUACGUUAAUUUUUUUGUGUUGUUUUUUUUUUUUUUGGUUAAAUCGAAUGCUAUAUUUGAUCACAUGCCGCACAGUCGCAUGUGUGUUCUUGUAUUCUGUGUCAGUGUGUAUAUGUGUGUGUGUGUGUUCACGUGUAUACGGACCUGUACAGAGUGUGUUUUAUCCAAAGGCUUGUGUUAGUCCAAGCAUUUGGCCGUUAUAUAUAUAUAUAUAUAUAUCUCUUGAUAUCUCAUUUGCACUGAUAUCAAUGUGAUUUAUUAUGGUACACAAUGUUACUCAGAUGUAAGCUGGUUUUACUUGGCCUUUUUCUUCGUCGAUUAUUCGGUGUUUUGUCUGAGAAAUUGGUGUUAUUUUAUUGUAUUUUAUUUUAACUUUGUAAAAAUGAAAAAAAAAAAAAAAAAAAAAAAUGACGACUUGGGUUUGACUUUCUCAGACCUGCUCUUGUAGUACUGGAUUACGUAGAGGACAAGUCAGAGACAAUGUCUUUUUAAUAAACUAUACAUAAAUUAAUUAUAAAUAA